AUGAAACCUAUUCUGGUUCUCGGCGACUUAAACGCGAAGUCACGCGCCUGCGGCAACUCCGCCACGAACCUGCGAGGAAGAGCUGUCCAAGUGUGGGCACUACUCUCCGGCCUAUCCCUACUGAACAAGGGGCAGGCUCACACCUGCGUGCGCCAUAACGGGGGGUCCGUGGUGGACGUCUCCUUCGCCACACCUGUCGUAGCACGCAGAGUGUCGGAAUGGAGGGUAGAGGAAGAGGUGGAGACUCUGUCGGACCACCGUUACAUCCGAUUCGAGAUCUCUACCUCUCGCAGGCUGGCGGAACCCCAGAGGGUGCCGACCACUUUGCCGAGGUGGUCUCUUGGCCAGUUAGACCGCGAGCUAGUCAAGGAGGCCGCCAUUGUGCAACGGUGGGGUUCCGCGGGACGGAGGGAGGGUGCCAGCGUGGAAGAGCUGGCGAGCCGCAUUAGCCGUGCCCUCAAAGAGGUCUACGAUGCGGCCAUGCCGAGGACCCGUCGCAGAGCCCAGCGUCGGCAUGUGUACUGGUGGUCGCCCGAAAUAGCCGAGCUUCGGGCGACGUGCAAUCGGGCGCGGCGGGCCUACGUCCGCUGUCGAAGACGCAACGGCCUCCAUGUGGACCUGGAGGGACAGCUUUUGGCCGCUUACCGCCAGCUAAAAAAGGACCUGCAGCUGGCAAUAAGUCGGGCCAAAGAGAAGGCGAGGGAAGAGCUGCUGGUGAGCCUCAACCGAAACCCAUGGGGGCGAGCAUAUCGAGGGGUUCGCGGAAAAUUCUGCACCCAAACUACCCCCGUGACGGAGACGCUGCCGCCGGAGCUCGUUCUGCGCCUGGCUGAUGACGAUGACACACCUUACUAUUGA